AUGGCCAAUCUACAGGCCAAUAACGACGACAUCAUUGUUUUCAUUGCCCGCGUAUCUAACAGAUACCGCAGGCGGAGCGUACCGAAAACCUGCAAGAAGUUGAUCAAUGGGCCUUUACGCGAAGCCAAACGCCUAUACCAUCAAGCAUAUGGCAUUGGUCCAAAUAACUUCGCCACAAAGGUCGCAUUUGUGCACCAAUCCAACAGGCCCCUGCCAGCAAAUGGAGAAGUCCAAACCACUCUCGAGGACUAUCUCCAUCAGGCAUGCCUGGAACACCGAGACGUACAGCUAGUACCCGUUGGCUGGGAUGGCCUUACUACAAAUCUGGGCUGGCUACGCAACCUCCUCAAGCCAUUCCGCCGACACCUAGCUAGGAUCGGAAUUGGGGUCCUUGUGGGGAGUACCUUUCAUGAAGUAUCCCUCUCGUGUGUAUGUGACGUGCACACCGGUGAUCUGGAUAUCCACGACGUCGACGACACCACCCGAAACCUUCAUCGCCCAAAUCCAUGA